AUGGCAGGAGAGAACUUGGUUCCUGUUGUUGUCGGGGUAGGGGACAUAAAAAAUGAAUCAAAGAGGCUCGAAGAUGCAGUUGAGCCAGCAUAUCUGAUGAUCGAUGCCAUUUACAAGGCAAUUUCUGACACUGGACUUUCACCCGAUAGCUGUAUGAAGCUUCAAUCAUGUAUUGACAGCGUGGAUGUUGUUGCUACUUGGACGUGGCCUUAUUCGGAUCUCCCUACUCUUCUAUCAGACAAGCUCAACAUACAACCCCGUCACAAGUUAUAUAGUCAUCAUGCAGGAAAUGCACCUGCUAAAUUGUUUGAUGACGCUGCUCGACGAUUGUCCCAGGGCAAGAGUCAGAUAGCUGUAGUGACUGGAGGAGAAGCUCUGGCAUCGUGUAUGUUCUAUUUUUCCCUUACUAAUACUAAUGUAGACGUUGGAACGAUACACUCUGUCGGUUUACCUUUACAUGUCUAUCCGCUAUACGAAAAUGGAUUCAGAGCAUACCGCAAACAGUCAUUACGAGAAAACAUGAAAGAAUCAGCGAAACUAUACGCCGAGUUUUCAAAAGUUGCAGAGAAGAAUCCCCUUUCGUGGAAUUUUGGAAAACCGGCAGAGACUGAGCAAUCGCUCAGCACCGUCACAGGGAAGAACAGGAUGAUUUGCUACCCAUAUCCACUGCUGAUGAAUGCCUUUAACACGGUAAAUUUGGCAGCAGCUUGCAUUUUGACCACAACGCAGACAGCUCGGCAGCUUGGAAUUUCGGAAGACAAAUGGGUCUACCCCUUGGGGGGCGCAGGUACUCAAGACAGCAACAAUUUUUGGGAACGGCCGAACUUCUACAGUAGUCCUUCGAUAUCAAGGUCAUUGGAUGCAGCUUUGUCCUCCUCUGGGCUGAGUAAAGAAGAAGUCCACCUGUUUGACUUCUAUUCAUGCUUCCCAGUUGUUCCAAAGCUUGCAGCUUUUCACUUGGGCUUUCCUAGCGAUGGCUCGAAACAAUUAACUCUUCUUGGUGGACUCACCUCCUUUGGAGGAGCAGGGAACAAUUAUUCUAUGCAUGCUAUCACUGAGAUGGUGCGGCAACUCAGAAAAUAUACAGGAACUCCUAGACAUGGUCUGAUACUCGCAAAUGGCGGUUUAUUGAGUUAUCAACAUGCUAUCUGCCUCUCAUCCUGCUCUAGGAGAGAUGGGUUAUCAUAUCCAGUUAAAAAUCCUCUUCCUGAGCUUGUCACUGACGUCGUGAUUCCGGGUAUUGAUGUUCAAGCAGAAGGCGAGGCUGUCAUCGAGGUAGAAUCUUCCAAUACAUAUACUGUUGAGUUUAAUCGAGAUGGAAACCCUAUGUUCGCAUAUAUUGUUGGGCUUUUGAAAACUACCGGCCGGAGGUUUGUUGCGAACCAUGCUGAUGAUGCUACCUUGGAAGAACUAUCGGAUCCUGGGAAAGAGCCUAUUGGAAGAUCUGGGUACGUGACUACUGAUACUACUGAGGGCGGAAAAAACCUAUUUUCCUUAAAAUUACUUACGAAGCUCUGA